UUUUUCCGUGAGUUAGAGGAUUUGUUAGUGUCGAUAAUCAUAGCUAUGGAUGGCUGGGAGAACAUUCCCAGCAGGAAGGAGCAGGAGGCUGUGUUGGGGCGUACGUGCAGGGCUGUUGCGUCAAGGCCCGAGUUGGAGGACGUCUUACCCGAGUGGGCAGUCGAGCUGCUCAACCCCACAACCUUUUGGCCGGAGAGCUACAUGCCACUGCCACCGGACUUUGGUGACCGGCCUAAGCCUCUACGCUCCUGCUCUCAGCCUCUGCCCCCGGUCCCCAGCUACCAGCCUCUGCCCCCGGUCCCCAGCUACCAGCCUCUGCCCCCGGUCCCCAGCUACCAGCCUCUGCCCCCGGUCCCCAGCUACCAGCCUCUGCCCCCGGUCCCCAGCUACCAGCCUCCUCCCUUACGGACAAUCAGAGUGGGGGUGGUGAGUUUGGGGUACUACCCGGUUCCUCCUGGCACUCCAGCUCCCGCACUGACUCCGGUCCCCGAGCCCUGUCUGGUUCCUGAGCCCACUCCUCACCUGCCUGAGGAGGUCCGCCCUUUGCUCCUGCCGGAGGGGGCCCGCCCUCCAGACCGUCCAGGGGAGGCACGCCCUCCGCUCCUGCCUGUGGGAAUCCUCCCUCCACUCCUUCCCAAGGGGCGUCCCUCUUCAAGGCCUUCCAGAGGGGUCCCGCCUUCCAAACCUUUUGGAAGGGGCACGCCCUCUUCUCCAGAGGGGACACGCCCUCUACCUUGCCUUUCUGAGGGGAUGGGCCACAAAGCUCCGCACAGAUAG